UUCAUUGAAGGCGGGGCUACGUGACAGGCGCUAAUGAUGCACGCUGCUACUCUGACUGUAUGAAGCAGGAGCUUUCAGACUUACAGUCAGUCCAGUUGAAGACAAGACAUCAAAAUGGUUAUCGUAAUUGAGGAUAAGAAUGCCUUCGACAACGCUCUGAAAAAUGCCGGGAACAAGUUGGUAGUGGUGGACUUCACAGCCACAUGGUGCGGGCCCUGCCAGAGUAUCGCUCCAUUCUAUAAAGCGCUGUCUGAAAAAGAAGAGAACAAAAAUGUCGUGUUUCUAAAGGUGGAUGUGGAUGAUGCACAGGAUGUGGCCACUUUCUGUGAAAUCAAAUGUAUGCCAACAUUCCAUUUCUACAAGAAUGGAAAGAAGAUUGAUGAAUUUUCUGGAUCAAAUCAAUCUAACCUGGAGGAGAAGAUCAGUAUGCAUAAAUGAAGAAAAACACACAAACCAACCACUGUAAUUAGUAGUAUACGCAGAUUUUGUUUUCUGAUCUUGAUGUCAGAAAUCUCUAGAGUCUAGUACAGAAACAUCAUUCUCAACCUCUAACUCAUUCUAAUUUUAUCUGCUACAUUUAUAUCCUAUGAUAUAAUGG